AUGCUGGAAUCAAUACAGGCACUCUUACGCCAAACCUUCGAGGACCACCGCUCCCUCCCCAUCCUAGCCUUUUACCUGGCCCUCUGCGCCACACUCGCAUUAAACAUAUGUCUCAAAAUCUACCGACGGUACAAGAUCCGGAAAGUCCGGCCUAGCUGGAGUACCACCCACGGUCCUGUGUUUGCCCUAUUUCUCAUCCUCGCAACCGUCAGUCUCGCGACAACAUGGUACUACAUGUUCGCGUUCUUCCGGCAUUCCUAUACUAGCUGGGCAGCAGGACAGUCACCUGCACAGCAAGCAUUGAUUGAGGCGAAACCAUAUCUGGUAAAAUGGGAGUUGUGGCUGCGAGAUCGGAAGCUAUUCCGGGAAGCGUGGGAGAGUGUGUCCGAGACGCCGGCAAAGUUCUGGUGGAGUGGACAGAUCUUCUUGUGGACAAUCGGAUGGAGUUUGUUUCUGGGAGUGAUGGGUCGCCGAUACAAUAUCCCCAACGUGUGGGUGUACAUGCUGCUCGGACAAAUUGUCGCAAUUUCCUUCGCACAGAACCUGUUCUUCGCUACAAUUCUCGUCUCAAAUCCGAGUGCCAUCCGCGGUGCGAAAACGUCAUGGAUUCCCCCAGCAAUUCUCGAGCUUGCACCCGUCGUGAUAUCCUUCCUCAGUGCCGCGAUUAUACCCUUCGUCGCGAACACGCCGUACUUCAUGCCUGUUCUUGCCGUGCCUCAUCUUCUUCUGUUCAUCCCGGGUCUAUUGUCGCCUAGAAAUCUUCCACAGGGCUGGGGAACGUACAUAUCUCAACCUUUGCGUCGAUACGCUACGUUUUAUAAAUGGCUGUUAGCAGUUGGGGUGGCUAUACAGGCACACUCUACAUAUAUUGUUGUUAUGGAUGAACCGGCCCUGCUGGGAGGCUCGGUAGUCGACCUGGGGCAGAGACUGGUGGACACAAUGUUUGAGCAUCCCGCUGUGAGUAGUGUUGGGUGGGAUGUGGUAUGCUGUUCGUUAUCAUGGGGUACUUGGGUUUUCUUGCAUGAUGGAUUGGAGGGAAUGCUAGCCUAG